AUGGGAUUGGCGCGAUUCGGCUGUGGAGAUAAAUGGUGGCAAGGAUUUAGGACCAGAAAUAAUUUAUCUUUCAGAAAAAUCAAUGCCUCAAGCAUUAAGCCAAUCGAAAAAGAGGCAGAACUUGUCAGGCAAUACCUAGAUGAUUUAGCGUCAUUGCUUCCUCAAUUCGUUCCAUCUAACAUUUACAAUUUCGAUGAAACGAGAUUUGAUUGAGAUGUAAAAAGCAAGUUCACUUAUGAUUUCAAGGGAACUCAACGAAUUCUAGGCCUUCAAUCAGCUAAAAUGAACCAUUUUAUCACUGUUAUGCUUAUGAUUAGAGCUGAUGGAGAAAAAAAUGCCUGCUUGCUCAUUUUUCAAGAGAAAAAUGGCCAGAUCCCGAACCUUGUAAGAGAAAGACUGAAUAUUCCAGAAAAUGUCAUCAUAAAAUCAAAUAAAUCUGGCUACAUUUCUGACCAGAUUCUUAAUGACUACCUCAGAACAAUAUUGAGACGAGAAAACCAACUGCUGAUUUAUGAUCAGGCUGGAAGUCAUAAAACUAUCAUGAUUUCUAAUGCAAUUUCAGAUUUAGAUGCAACCAAAAUUGUGAUCCCUGGAGGGUGCACAAAGUAUUUGCAACCACUUGACGCACUGGUAAUUGCAAAUUUCAAAUCAAAAACAACAGAUUUCAGAAUCAAAUUCCAAACAGAGCAGAUUGAAAGAAGAUCGAAAAGAACUGGAAACCUCAAAGCUCUUGAUCGCCAGCAACUGAUAAACAUUGCUUCAAAGGCGUGAGAUGCUGUAAGCCCUCAACUUGUCAGAAAAUCAUUUGAGUUGACGGGUUCUUAUGGCGUUAAUCAUCCAAAGAUUUUCAGCCAUCAAGUUAAUAUGAAGAAGUUAAUUAUCUAA